CCCCAACCUACCCCUCCCCUCCCUCCUUCUGCCUGAGGAAUGAGAGGACCGCCGGAGAGGAAGAGCCGAAAUUCGCAUGUUUGAUUGAACAGAGGACAAGAAAGCGAAGGUGUUGUCGCCGAAAUGGAGGGAAAUACUUUGCCAGUCGCAGCAUCUCCCCACUCAGAUCUGAACUCAAACCCCACAAGGCCUGACCCAGAGGGGGAGAGCAGCCCCCCAAAGACAGACACCAUCCAGAGAAUGGAGUCUGCAGUUAAGAAGGAUACAGACCGAAGGUUCACUACCCCCAGAAAGUCUGACAUCAUCCCUCGAUCACCUGGAUCACCUGCAUCCCCUGUCUCCAGGUCAAAACAAGACAUCAUGAAGUCAGAGCAGAGGCAGAAGCUUGCCAAGGAGCGGAGAGAGGAAAAGGCCAAAUAUCUGGAAGAGCUCAGCAAGUUUCAAGCUGCAAAAAAGACCCAGUGGCUGGAGAAGGAGGAGAAGGCACGGCAGCUGAGGGAGCAGCAGCUGGAGGAGCGCCGCAGGAAGCUCGAGGAGCAGAGGAUCAAGGCGGAAAAACGGCGUGCCGCACUGGAGGAGAGACAGAAGCAGAAACUGGAGAAGAACAAAGAACGCUAUGAGGCAGCCAUCCACAGGUCAACCAAGAAGACGUGGGCAGAAAUCCGCCGGCAAAGAUGGUCAUGGGCUGGCGCGCUAAGCCAGAACUCCAGCCAGAAAGAGAGCAGAUGCUCUGUGUCAACGGUCAACCUGCCCAAACACGUGGACUCUGUUAUAAACAAGCGACUCUCCAAGUCCUCUGCCACGCUCUGGAACUCCCCAAGCAGAACCCGUAACCUUGCACUGAGUCCAUGGGAGAGCAGUAUAGUUGACCGGCUGAUGACUCCGACGCUGUCUUUCCUUGCCAGAAGCCGCAGUGCUGCUAGUGUCCUCAACAAUGGCAAAGAUGGUCACUCUCCUCUCUGCCCCCGUUCGGCCUCGGCCAGUCCCCUCACCCUGUGCGCCCACCAGCCCCACCACCGCUGCUCCGACCGCUGGAGGGUGACGUCUAGCACACCAGACAUCACCCAGCGCCAACACAGACGGAGCUCCACACCCAUGGAUAAAAACAAGAAAGAAAAGAGAGACAAAGAACGGGAGAAUGAGAAGGAGAAAAGUGCCCUCACUAAGGAGAAAGGGCUCAAGAAGAGACAGUCUCUACCCAGUAUGAGACACAGACCUGAUCCAAGUCCCAGUCCUUUAUCAAGACAACGGCCGUCAUCCCCAGCCACACCCAAGGGCAGAACCGCCUCCCCCAGCCCUGCUGCCUCCCCCAAGCCUCCAUCAUCACGUGGAAGCCCGUCGACUCCUAAGGGCCGGCCAAAAAGAGCCAGGACCCCUGCCAGGGUGGACCACCGAACCUCCUCCCCUGUCUCCCUUGAGAGAGUGAAGGAGCCUCGCAGGCCCGCCACCCCUGAGGAGAGAAAGAGUUCCCCUGUGGUUCCUGCCAUUGUAGUAUCCUCAACUGCUGCCUCACCCCAUGCAUCAAGCACACCAGUUACAACCACAGCCACUUCCUCCUCACCUGAGCCGAUCCACUCAGCUCCUUCUGGCCCCGCAGCGUCACCCACACCCUCUCCGUCAGCCAAGCCCAUGGCAGGCACCAACGACCCAGAGGAGGCAGCUCGCAUACUGGCAGAGAGACGCCGGCAGGCCCGAGAGCAGAGGGAGAGGGAGGAGCAGGAACGCCGCAAACAGGAGGAGAAGGAGAGAAUCCUGAGAGAGGAGCGAAUAGCAAGGGAGGCAGAGGAGAGGCGACGCAGGGAGGAGGAGGCCCGUGCCAUGGCGGAGGAGCAGCAGAGGAGAGACGAAGCCCAGAGGCUGCAGGAGGAGAAGGAGGCCCAGGAGAGAGCCAAAGCCGAGCAGGAGGAGAACCUACGCCUGCAGAAACAAAAAGAAGAGGCUGAGGCCAAGGCCCGGGAGGAGGCAGAGAAGCAGCGUCUGGAGAGGGAGAAACACUUCCAGAAGGAGGAGCAGGAGAGGCUGGAGAGAAAAAGGCGUCUGGAGGAGAUCAUGAAGAGGACACGCAAGACAGACACAGGCGACAAGAAAGAGACAAAGUCCUCCCCACUUGCACACAUCAAUGACAAAGAGGCAGAGAGCAGCAAAGCAUCUGCUGACUAUCAGCCAAAGCCAGAGGUCAAUGUGCCCAAUAACAAGACAGAAAAUGGACAGAAAAAUGUCAAAGAAAGCAGCCCCUCAGUCCAAGUGGUCAACGGAGUCCAGCCUACUAGACAUGAAAAUGGUCUGUCCACUAAAGGAGACCCUGCCCACUUUGAAGAUAUCAUCCAUCUCGCCAAUCAUGGCAACACCACUAACGGAGCACGGGAUACGUCUGAGACCAACAUGGCCACCGAGCCUAUACUCACGUUUGAAAGUGAGGAGUCAUUCAUGAAAAAGACAGGCCCCAUGAAGCCUCAGCAUGUUGCAGAAGUCCUGUGACGUGUUCCAGUGUUGAAGUGCUCAUCGCCUUAGGCCGCUGACCUUUCCCAGCCCUGCCAACGCUUGCAUUGGGGAGCCCUGUGACCUGUGCCAAUCAACAUCCUUCUUCUAAGCUCGUAAAAGCAAACAUUUCUCUCUGAGCAUAAAGUGGGCCACAGUAGAUGAUGACCAGCCAUCAGGACAGAAGAGAGAAAGACAUAACAGGAUGAAAGGUGUUGCUUCAUACAACACAAGUGCAUCAGUGUUAACAUUUUUUAAGAUCUUUGUGGCACCGCUUCUAGGCACCUUAUUACUUGACAGUAUCAUCCUUUGUACAGUACAGUACAGCCGAGUAAUUAUUAUGAUAAGCUGAAAAAGAAGUGUUUGUUUUCUUUGUUCUUUAGUUAUUUAACUGAAAGAGAAAUAUAAAAGACUGGGUACAUUUUUGUGAAUAAUGUAAAUGAAAUUUGUGUGUCAGACAAAGGAGGAGAGGGUCUGUCGAUUAAAGUUGUAUGAAAGGGAGUCAUUUUAUGCUGAGUAAAACCCAGGUAUUAUACAUCCUGGUCUGUAAAAAGAUUCGUGUAACAGUUUUUUGUUUUUUUUUUUUUUUUUUUUGUGUAAAGUUAAACUGAGAAAUCUGGAGAAAGAUUUGAAAUGUAAGAUCACAUGCAAUGGCUUCCUACUGUGUGUAAACAUACCUUCUGUUCAUACCUAAACCUCAGCUAUGAUUGAUUGUAUGCAAAAUUGGAUGCAAUGAUGAGUGUGCAACCUUGACAUUUAAGAAACUAGAAGUCAUCUAAGGUCAAGUCCCUAAAAACAGGGAAUUACUCCAGUAUGUAACAGUUUUCACAUGUGCAAGCAUGACUCAGUUUUCUCUCAUUUGCAUUGAAGUUCCAUGGACUCAUAUGUAUUUGAAAAGCUGAUGCGUGUAAAUGCUAUAAAUUUAUUUUGAUGUGCGUUACAAGGUCAGUGGGAGUAUCUUAAGUCUUAUUAAAGACAAGCUGUCCAAUC